GUUCUUGCCUCUGCCCAAGCCCAAAUUCCGUUUCGGUCAACUUCAGUUUCCUCACCCUAAAUCGAAGAUGUCAGGCAUCCAUCUCUAAAGGCAUCCAUCGUAACUUCUGCUGUGCUAUAUAUUCUCCUUCAACGUCUCACCUCAGUCACCAUGUCUAACAAACCUAUUUUUGUGGCCACACACCCGCGUGCGUGCUCCACGGCCUUUGAAAGGGUUUUCAUGACCCGUCGGGACAUCCUACAGUGUGCGCAUGAACCAUUCGGAGACAGCUUCUACUAUGGACCCGAAAGGCUCAGUGAGAGAUACGCCCAAAAUGAGGCGGCUAGGGAAAGUAGUGGCUUCUCCAAGACGACCUACAAAGAUGUCGUAGAUCGUCUCGAAAGAGAAGGCAGCAAGGGGAAGCGUGUCUUAAUCAAAGACAUGGCCUACUAUUUAAUGCCACCAGAUGGUAAGGCCGCGACUCUUGCUCCCUCGGUCGCCACUGAGAAGACAAUGGGGUCGGCCAACGGCGACAAGCAGGUCAACGGCACUGCAUCCAAUGGUAUUAAGGCAGAUGGCAACCCAACAGUGUUGCCUUUGGACGUUCUGAGAAAGUAUCACUUUACAUUUCUGAUUCGCCAUCCUAGACGCGGCAUUCCGUCCUUCUACAGAUGUACUGUUCCGCCUCUGGACGAAAUCACCGGCUUUGCCAGCUUCAUGCCGAACGAGGCUGGCUACUUAGAGCUCCGUACACUCUUCGACUACUUGCGCAAGCAGAAUAUCGUUGGGCCGUCUUUGGCCCCGGGAGCCGAGGCACCCAUGAGCGGCGCAACCAACGGAGCCACUAACGGUAUAACUAAUGGGGUUGCCAAAGACCAGAUCAACAUCACCGUCAUUGAUGCCGACGAUCUCUUAGAUAAGCCGCAAGAAGUUAUCCAGGCAUUCUGCCGAGAGACCGGCAUUGAAUUCCACCCUGACAUGCUGUCCUGGGACAACCCUGAGGAUCAAGAAUAUGUUGAGCGAGCCUUUGAAAAGUGGAUUGGCUUCCACAAUGAUGCCAUCCAAAGCACUUCCUUAUCUCCCAGGAAAACACACCACAAGGUAUCAUGCGUGGUAACUGAAGACAACGAAUGGCGUGAGAAGUACGGUGAGGAGGGACAAAAAAUCAUCCGUGAUUGCGUGAAUGAAAACAUUCCGCAUUAUCAAUACCUGAAAUCAUUUGCUAUCAAGUUCUAAAAAAGGUUGUCGGGUAUUUAUGCAUUGGUUUUUAAUGCGUUUACACCAUAUAAUACAUGUAUGGUACAUGAAGUACAGUACAUCUCAGAACGUCCAACUAGA